AUGUUAGCUUUAGUCGAUAAUAUUUUAAGAGCAAUUAACUUCUGCUUCCUGGUCAUUCUACUGGGUUUGGUUGGUUCGCUGUUGGCGACACAAUCGUCGCAUAGCUCGAGGGUCAACUUCUGUAUGUUUGCCGCUGCGUUUGCCAUGGUGACAGACUCGUUCUACGGUCUGCUGGCCAACUUUUUGGAGCCAUUAGCUUGGCCUAUCAUUCUAUUUGUGCUCGACUUUUUGAACUUCGCGUUCACUUUUACCGCGGGUACUGUUCUGGCAGUCGCCACGAGAACUCACUCGUGCACCAACACAGACUACUUGGACUCCAACAAUAUCACUCAAGGCUCUACCCAGAGAUGUCGUGAGUCUCAAGCAGUCACCGCGUUCUUCUACUUCUCUUUCUUCAUCUUCUUGGCCAAGAUGAUUUUGUCCGGUUUGUCAUUAUUGAGCAAUGGGCCAUUCAGUGCUGCUGGUGGUUUCUCAGCAAGAAGAAGAAAAACAGCUCAAGUCGGUGUACCAACGAUCUCUCAAGUCUAA